AUGCAGGAAACUGCCGAGGCCAUUGGAUGGCUCAAGCAGCAGACCGGGGGUCUCCCGCAGCUCAAGGAUGCGAGUCGGCUCAUAAUUUAUCAAGGCCGCCACGAGGUAUUCCUUACUCUCAUGACACCAGGGACUCGUUACGUUGAGUACCUGGAGACCACCAUCCCGACGACCCCAGAGCCGGAAACGUUCUUGAAGCUGAAGACUUUUGGGCCUCGGGACAUCAACCAGCGGCCUGACCUCGAGGACCUAUGCCCGACAUUGAUUUCCCUUCUGUUGGCAGCUGAGGAGGCGGCCCAGGCCUAA